AUGCAGGCCCGGGUGGUGUGCCUGGGCAGGGCGGGCGGCGGCGGCGGGGGUCCCUGCACGGGCUCCUCAGCUGCCCGCAGGGUCCGCCUCCUCCUGCAGCAGGUGGCCGGGCUGCGGGGCGGUUUCCGGGCCUUGCACGGCGGACAAGGUGAGGAACUGACCAAACGAGAGGUGGAAUAUAUGGCACUUUCAAGGGACACGACAGAAACUGAUCUCAAGCAGCGAAGGGAGAUACGAGCGGGCACCGCCUACUACAUCGAUCAGGAGCACGACAAAGAAGCCCUGGACGCUUGGAGAAUUGUUAGAGUCAGUGAAGAUUUCAGGGUGAUUGCAUUGGGGCUCCCUGUACCUCGAUAUUUGGGCAACCCAUUAGAUCCGCCACUUCGAUCUAGGUUUCAGGCCCGUGAUGUUUAUUAUUUACCCUUCAAGGACCACCUCUCACAACUGUAUUUUAUUGGAAAUAACAUUUCAACGGAAAGAAUCUCUCAGCUCUUAUCCUUUGCCAUGACUCUCUGCACCCAAGAAUCGUCUUCAUUGGGCCUUCCCGAUUUCCCUUUGGACAGUCUGUCCUCUGCUGUGCGGAUUCUGAAUUCCUUUCCUAUGAUGUCAGUGCAACAUAUCAUCAACUGGCUGUAUCCAUAUAAUGUUUUGCUAGGAAAGGAAGGCCAGACAGCUGUCGAGGACGCCUUAAACCGAUUUGAACUCCAGGAUUCCAGAAAAUUUUCUGUCCCUACAAACGUUGUCAGUGUGAAGAAGAGGGAGGAGGAGCAAAGCUUGCAGGCUGAUGUGACCAUCUCGAUAGGCGGAGAAGCUGUGACAUGCCAGGGUGGGAGUUUCAGCUGUGGAGACAAGUCCUCGACGUACGACCGCAGUGGAGCUCACCCUUUCUGCCGCGGGGGCCGUCCUUGUUCUUCACAGGACAUGACAGCGCGAGACCUCCUGCAGCAAAGGUACACGCUGCCCAACGGGGACACCUCCUGGAGACCGUCACCCCUGGUCACCGCUGCCCUCCAGGGGAAGCUGCUCAUUCUGGACGGCCUUCACCGCGUCAACCCAGGCACGCUGGCCGUCCUCCAAAGAUUGCUUCAUGACAGAGAGAUCACCCUUUACGAUGGUACCAGAUUGUUGAGAGAAGACAGAUACCGGAAGCUGCAGGAAGAACUUCAAAUCUCAGAUGAGGACCUACAACAAAGGGCUAUUUUUCCCGUCCAUCCCUCCUUCAGAGUGAUAGCGCUGGCGGAACCUCCUUCUGUCGGAAGUACCACUCAGCAGUGGUUGGGCCCAGAGCUCUUAACGCUCUUCCUGUUCCAUUACAUGAAGCCGCUGAGCAAGAAUGAAGAAAUUAAAGUCAUUAAAGAGAUGGCUCCGAAUGUGGCCCGUGCCUCGGCCGAGAAGCUGCUGAAGUUAACCCACAAGCUUCGCGAGACCAAUGAUCCCACCGCACAAUCUCUGGCCUCCUCCUUAUCCACCCGCCAACUUUUGAGAAUCUGUCGGCGUCUUUCUCACUACCCGGAUGAAAACCUCCACCAUGCUAUCCAUAAAGCUUGUCUUUCUCGGUUUUUACCCAAUCUGGCCAAAUCCGCCUUACAUAAGAACCUGUUGGAUGCCGAGAUCGAAUCCCGCCCUGCUGACAUCCAGGAAACGGAGGGAAAAGACUUUAGCUGUGAAAUCAAGUCCGGAGUCCUCAGGAUUGGGAGUGUCCAAAUUCCAGUUUAUAAUCCCUACGAGAGCAUACAAGUGCCUGACGUUCUUUUCUAUGAAAACCCUCAACAUAUGAUGGUGAUGGAAGAUAUGUUAAAAGAUUUUUUGCUCGGAGAACAUCUCCUUUUAGUUGGUAACCAGGGCGUGGGGAAAAAUAAAAUUGUCGACAGAUUCCUUCACCUGUUGAAUCGACCCAGGGAAUAUUUGCAGCUGCACAGGGACACCACCGUGCAGAGCCUGACGCUGCAGCCUUCCGUGAAAGAGGGCCUGAUCGUGUAUGAAGACUCCCCCCUCGUGAAAGCCGUCAAAAAAGGGCACAUCCUGAUGAUUGAUGAGGCAGACAAGGCGCCCACCAACGUUACCUGCAUCCUGAAAACUUUGGUGGAGAGCGGAGAAAUGAUUCUGUCAGAUGGGAGACGCAUUGUUUCGAAUCCUACCGCCGCCGAUGGGAGAAAAAAUGUCAUAGUAAUUCAUCCGGAUUUUAGGAUGAUUGUUUUAGCAAACAGGCCAGGAUUCCCUUUCUUGGGGAAUGACUUUUUUGGAACCCUUGGAGAUAUAUUUAGCUGUCACGCUGUUGAUAACCCUAAACCAAACUCAGAACUGGCAAUGCUUCGACAGUACGGACCUGAUGUUUCUGACUUGGUUCUCCAGAAACUGGUAGCUGCUUUUGGAGAGCUGCGAAGUUUGGCUGACCAAGGAAUCAUAAAUUAUCCUUACUCGACUCGAGAAGUAGUGAACCUUGUCAAGCAUUUACAGAAGUUUCCAACCGAAGGACUUGCCAACGUGGUUCGGAACGUCUUUGAUUUUGACUCCUACAACAAAGAAAUGCGUGAGAUAUUAAUUAGGACUUUGCAUAAACACGGAAUACCGAUCGGAGCCAAACCCGACAACGUACAGAUGGCAAAGGAAUUGCCAUUGCCAGAUACCAAAUUUAUGGGCUACUGGAAAAUGAAUCAUUUGGGGAAAUCGCGCCGAAGACUGUUGUGUCCAACUGAAACCCAUCGCGUCGACGUGAAGGGUCCCAUCCAUUUAAAUGUGCAGGCCUUCCCCCUGGAAAGGCACGAAGCCAGGGCCUUGAGUUUCACGGAAGAGCUGGCAUUCUGGACCCUGCCUUUGAACGAGGUUAACUUCGUGUGCGAUGUGGUGUCACAAGAGCGCGAAGACGGGACUUCCCUUUACGUGGCCACCUGCAACCCCGUCUCCUUAUAUUUCAUGAACGCAUCGGGGAAAACCGGCUACUGCCUGGACCUCUACGACCUCUUCCCGCGAACCUUUCGGGGCCUGUGGCAACCGUUCGUCCAGCUGGCCCCCCUCGGCAGCCCCCUCCAAGGCCAGGUCGUUCUGCACGAAGAGCAGAAUCACAUUGUUUUAUUGCUGGACACGAACACGGGGGCCGUAAGCCGUCUCACCUUGUUACCAGAUAUCCCGGCGUCGCGGAAAGGAGCAUCGUGGUGGGGAGGCAAAGCGGAGGAGAAGACGACUCACAAAAUGUGCAAAGAAUUUGCACAUAAGAAUUGGCUGGUCUUCUACAAAGAGGAAGGGAACUACCUUAUCGUUAUGGAUGUCCUGGAAGGCAAUGCCCACACCAUCUCUUUGCCCAUCAGUCUCAAGUCAGUUUUUUUAGUGGCCGAAGACCGGUGGCUUCUGGUGGAAACUAAAACCAACCAGAAGUACCUGUUGACUAAGCCGAUACACCUGGCCGUGGAAGAGACUGGAGUAUGCCAGUUACACACUCUGACUGAGGAACCAGCAGAAACUGGAUUUGGAGUAACUACAGGUAUGGAAUUAUUAAAAGAGAUCCAGAUGAGUGAAUACGAUGCGUCGACAUACGAACGGUUUUCUGGAGCUGUUCGGAGGCAGGUGCAGUCCCUGCGGAUUAUUCUGGAUAACUUACAGGUAAUCAUUUUAGUAAUGGGUCCAUGUUGUUGUUUUUUUCCCCUCUUCUCUGGUCCUCCAGCCUUAUCACAGGCAACCUGCCUUCACCCGAGCUUUAAGAAAUCAUUUUAUCUUUGUGUUCUCAGCGGGAGGAUUUUUUUUUUUAUUAAAACCAGAAUGUUGCAGAGAUUCAUCCGAGUCUCUUUGGCCAG